CGACAAUUGUGUUACCUCUUUUGGCAAGAUAAGGACUGUGACGUGAGACUGAAGUUCAAACAUGUUAGCCUACUGCUGACGAGCAGCUAAACAGAUUAAUAACCUACUUCUCUCGCAUUAAGUAAUUUUUUCUGUUAGUAAUAACAGAUUUAUAAAGUACUAGCAGAAAUAAGAAGAGCAUAAAUUACUUAAAAAAUAAGUUAAACCAAAAUUUCUGUGCUAUUUAAGCUAGUCAUCAUUAUACCAACUUGACAACUGCCAUUGUUUAGUAAGUUUAACUUCAGGAACUAUCGAUUAGUUUCUAACCUUACCCAAGCCUACAGAUCAUGACAGUGUUAUGAUUUGCUCUUAGUACUACUGUGUUACUUGGAGUCACAACGUAUAUCAGUGUGUACAUCUACUCAUGCUGCUAAAGAUACACUGUGUUGCAAUUAGAAGUGGGUCCUAAGGUCGACUAUGUGAUGUCAUGGUAACAUUCUUCACAUACUCUUUCCUUGUCCUUGUGUUUACCUGCUGAUCCCAACCAUCUUUCCCAUAGCUUGUUGUGUUUUUAAAGCAAUAGAUAAUCCAAGCAUGAGUCUUAGUGUACACACAGACGGAAAAAAAAAAACACAAAUUAGUCUUGUAGACUAUGACUCCAACAGUCAGCCAUACCACAAAUCUUUGUUGUUUUUGUCAGUGUCUGUGGCUUUGGUUUCCUCCCAUCGGAACAUGAUUAAGUCCAGGAAAAAUUAUUCAUUCUGAAACAGUUUUACCUUGUUAAGAAUGCUGGCUUUGGUGGGGCCAGGUUUUGGGAGAAAUAUUUCAGCAAAUGUGCAGUAAUGCUCUGAUUGACACACCAGAUGGGAUAAGGCUAUGUAGUGACAGGUAGCACAGGUGAACAUCCUGUCUGCUAGUGCGGACCUGUAAAGACCUGCCAGAAAAGCCUCAAGAAAAAAACUGGUGUGUUACUGGUGUUCUACUUGUCUGCUUUAAUUCUGUCCACUUUGCAAUUUAUCCUCAAAAUCUCCCAAACUGGUCAGGACAUGCUGAACGAAUAUCAGUUUCAGAAUUAGAUUAGAAAAAGACCAGUCGGGCGAAAGAUUGUAGGUGAAAGCUCAGAGAGCAGGAGACAAUUACAGGCCACCCAAAACUUCCACAGCAUUGCUGCCUCUGUGGCCCCCCACCGGAAGGUGACAGGUCCACGCUCUGUUGCCCACAGUUACAGUAUGUCGCUUGUAUGGCAUUUCCAGGGAAUCCUUUUGGGACUUGAGGGAGUAUUAACACUCAAAAAGGUUUAGGGUAUUUGGAGCUGAACAGCUUUUGGGAAGUAAGAGAACCGCUGGUGUGAUUCAGGAUGUGUUACACUGGGUGAACGGAAGUUUAUCUAGAGGUUUCCACCUCGACACAAAAGCCAGAGCCUUAUAUGGAAGACAAAGAUGGGGGGUGAUGUUUAGACAUUGUCUGACCCUGGUGUCUUUUUUCAAGUUUUGACCAUUCUUGGAACACGUCACCAUCUGAGGGUUUUUGGGAAAGGAGGUGUACAUACCGACUCCACCGCACUUACAUCUGCAACCAUUAUGGGAACUGACUCAUUUAUUUUCUCUGACCAACAGAGAUAUUGGACCAUCUAAAUAUUUGUGUUUUCCAUCCCAUAUUAAGUCUUAGUCAUGGCAGUUGCAGGUCAGAGGAUGUAAUGAAUCAACAACAAAGAUAUGUUAUUCACAAGAAACGAUUUUGCAAUUCCUGUGCCUUUCCAUGAAGAAUAUAAUGUCAGUAAAUGAUCAGACUUCAAUCUUUAGAGGAUUAAAUAUUUGUAUGCAAUCUCUCCAGUGUGCAGGUUGUAGUUUUUAAGAAUCAGACCAUAUCCUCAUUGGCAGUUAUGUCAUAGCUCAGUUACAAUCAUGAACAUGCCCAGGUCUGCAGGGCAUGUUCAGAUGAGACUUGUUAGUCGUUUGUCUUAAAAUAGUACAUCAGCAAAACAUGUAAUAUUCUGCCUGUUUUAUUAAAACAACAUUAUGUCACUUUGGUUGUGCGUUAAAUGAAAUCCACGCUUUCCUCAGCUCUGUUAGAAUUGCAGUUUAUCAGUUGAAGCAUGCUUUAAUAUCUGCCAACAGCAUAAAGAAUGCAUAUUCCUCAUCAGAGAGCAGCUGCACAGUACACCAUAUAGAUGAUACUAUCAAUCAUUAUAUAGAUAAUGCACUUGUAUCUAGCUUGCCAGGUGUUAAUAUUUGCUGGUUUCUCACAUCCUCUUAUAUUCAAAUCACCAAGCUGUCUUAUUGUACUCUUUUUUGUGUCAGGUAAUGGCUGUGGACAUACACUGCUGGGACCAGAGUCUGGCACUGUAGCAUCCCAGAACUACCCAGGCACCUAUCCUAGCAACACCUGGUGUAAGUGGAGGCUUCGGGUGCCAGAGGGACGGACGCUGCGGCUGCUGUUCGGAGACUUUGAUAUUGAGGGUGGUCCAGGCUGCAGCAAUGGCUCUGUUGUUAUCACAGACAAGAACGGAGAACCCACCAUGGGUCCAGUGUGUGGGAAGCUUGACGUAACACAGAAAAAUGUGACCAUUAAAAGCAAUGAAGUGACUGUAACUUUCAAGUCAGGCCCACACCGCACUGGACGAGGCUUCCUAUUGUCGUAUGGAACAGACCAGAAUCCAGAUGUUAUCUCUUGUUUACAAAGGGGAUCUCAUUUUAGCUCGCAGCAUUUGAGCGUAUACUGCCCUGCUGGAUGUAAGGAUGUCACUGGGGACGUUUGGGGGAACUCUGAACAAGGUUACAGAGAUACCUCUGUCCUGUGCAAAUCUGCUGUCCAUGCUGGAGCCACAUCUAAUACUUUGGGGGGUCGCAUCACUGUGAAUCGAGAGAGAAGUCUUACCCUCUAUGAAUCCACCUUUGCCAAUGGAAUCCUCUCUAAAAUGGGAUCAUUAUCUGAGAAGAAGCUGCUUUUCAGCCAAGAAUGUAACAACAUCCUGGCGGUCUCGGGUCUGAAUGCUUCUUCUUUCUGGGACAAAAACAAUCAAGAGCACAGAAUGUUCUCAUCCUCCAAAAACAUGGAACCUAGCCAUGACUUCCUACACUGGACAGCAGACAGCAGCGAUCUGAAGCCAUGGGUAGAGAUAGAGCUAGCUGACAGAAGCACCGUCGCAGGAAUAAUAACAACAGGAUCAGUUGAGUACUACAUAGAAUCCUACAGUCUUCAUUUCAGUAAGGACAGAAAGAACUGGAAGCCUUUCAGGGGGGCUCUGAGCAAAGAACAAAAGGUGUUUCAGGCCUACACCGAUGGCCACCUUAAAGUGCUCAACAGCUUGUUUCCUGCUGUGGUGGCCCGAUUUGUUCGUCUGCAGCCAUUGAUCUGGCACAGAAGAGCUUCAGUUCAGGUCAAAGUUGUGGGCUGUCCUGCUCCAAAGGCCACACCAAGGUCACGGCCCCCAGCAGAAUCUCCACCCAUCAAAGUUAACAUUCAGACCUCACGCCCAAGCCCCUCUCCCAACCCCACAGAGGGCUCAGUGCUAGUGGAGACAACACUAAGUUCCAGCCAGCCAGCGAUUGUGGGAGUGGUCCUGGGACUGAUCAUGUGUGGGAGCUGUUUGUUGGCUGGAGUCUGGUGGAAACGAAGGAAAAAAGAGUCACAAAUGAAGUACUCUUUACCCACAGCAGGUUGUCAGAGUUUUAAGUCAAAGAGUCCACAGUCAGAGAUCAUUUCCUUCCCGCUGGAGCGAAAUGUUCAUGAUGCUCUGCCAUGUCCCCCUGUUAAUGAUUAUGCUGCUCCUGCACUUCCAUCUGUUGGACAGAAAGUCGGUUCAACAUUUAGACCUUCCUCAGAUGAGAACUACACCACCCCCUUCCCCUGCGUACAUUAUGACACUCCAGGCAACCUUCCAGAAUAUGCCGAGCCACUUCCUCCUGAGCCUGAGUAUGCUACACCUUUCACUGAGCUGCACUCUGAGCCUAACUUUCCAUCUCUGAUCGGGAUACACCAUGGCCAUAAACACAGACCUCAUGUUCCAGCACCCUCCACAGGUGUCAGGACAACAGCCAGCCACAGUCAAUAUGACUGCCCUUCACACAGGAUGCUGUCCAAUGGCUACUGCACUCCUGCUGUACACACCAGCGGCCCUCGGCCAGUCAGUGUGGUCUAUGCAGAGCCCAAAUCCAGUGACUCUUUACUACAGAAGCACACAUAUGAGGAGCCUCUGUAAGUGCAGUAACCUUGCAUAUAUGGAAGAGAAGGCUCUAGAGCCAGAGCAUUUGUGGGACCAGAGGAGCACAUGAAGCAAUCUCAGAAGAACACUAAGAGAGUGUCCUGCACAGUGCACUACUGCUCACCUCCCAGUGAGAGAUGCACCCAGAGAUCAGGAGUCACUUUGGACCACUAUACAUGGAGUAUAUCAGGGUACACUACUCAGAGUACAGGAUGAUCUGAGAGCCAUAUGGGUGCAAAUAUUUUCUUUCAGGAAGUAUGUGAUAGUAUAGUUAUUGUUCUUGUGAUGCACAAAGAAAAUAUAGGCUUGGUGGUGUCGGAUA